AAGCAACACUUGAUAAGAAACGGAGGAGGAUGAAGUAGUAAGUACUAGUAUUGAAUGCCCAUCAAAUUUCAAGAACACAGCAAAGCAACCUAACCUACAACAAACAAUGGCACCCAAGAAUUCCAAUGUCUAUCACGAAAGACAAAGAUUACAGUUCUGUCUCUUACACACUCUCAAUUCACUCUUUCAGCAAAAAGAUGCAUUUACUCGAGCAAAUUUGAAUGCAAUUUCUGAAAAACUAGCACUUGAUGAUUUCUCUAACAAUGAUUCAUCAUCAUGGACACCAUUUUCAAUACUUUUCAAGCCUCAUCAUAAUGCAUUGACUGGAAACUAUGAUAUAAAUGUUCUAAUAGCUGCUUUGGAAGAGAAAGGAAAGACUGUAGUUUGGCACGAUCGUCGAAAUGGAGGAUCAUCUAUUGAUCUUGAUGCACCAGAAGAUGUUUUGAUGGGGGUUGUGAUUAAUGUUCUUGUGAAAAGAUUUGCUGGGAUUUGGAAAAGUAGACAUUGGAUUGCUUUGAGGAAGAUUGAUGGGGUUUGGUAUAAUUUGGAUAGUGAUCUUUCUAUGCCGGAAUGUUUUCAUGAUACUGAGGAAGUAAGGGAGUUCUUGGAUUCUAGUAUUGCUCAUGGUGGUGAGGUUUUGCUUGUUAUGAAUCAGAAACAGUCUUGAAAAUUUUCGGUAAAUUUUUGUGUACUUAACUCUAUUUUCUCAAUGCUUAGGUCAAAUUUUAUGCUUGUCUCAUGUAUAGUACAAGAUUGAUAGCAUUUCAAUGUAGAAUGCUAAUUGAUUCUAAUGAAUUGUCAAUGUAUGUGAUGUUGUUUUGUGUAUAACAGUUAAAUGGUUACUUCUUGAAGAUGUUCAUUGUAUGAACUUAUG